AUGCCGCCCCAAGACGAUGUAAAGGCCAAGUCAGACUCGGCCGCUGACUCUGGCGGCGGCGGCGACAGAAGUCCUGACAGCGGAGGAGUGCCUGUCAUCACAGAGGAAAUGGAGGCCAGCGCCCUUGGCUCGCCCAUGUCAGAAGUCAAGAAUGAGCCUGACGAGCCAUCACCAUCAUCGCCACCGUCAUCUGUCAAGGCUGAGAGCCUGCCUGUCAAGGCUGAACCUAGCGACGAUGCUUUGGUUACUAGCAGUGUUGGCGGCGACAUCACGCUGAAGCAAGAGCCCGGAAAACCUCCAAAGCUCGCGCGCAGUGCCUCCCAGAAGGUCAUUGCUCGCCCACCACAGCUUUUCGACCACUUGCCCAACAGCGCCAACGAGGCAACUGCGAGUUUCGAGGUUAUUGGCAGUUGCAUCUAUUCGAGCAAGUACAUGGGCCACACGGAACAUGCCAUGGAAUGCGAUUGCGCCGAAGAAUGGGAUGGAAAAGUCAACCAUGCCUGCGGCGAGGAUUCUGACUGUAUCAACCGAGCAACCAGAAUCGAAUGCUUGAAUGACUGCGGCUGCGGCCGAGACUGUCAGAACCAGCGCUUUCAGCAGAAAGAAUACGCCAAUGUGGCGGUCAUCAAAACGGCCAAAAAGGGCUAUGGCCUUCGCGCAGAAUCCGAAAUCCGGCCGCAUCAGUUCAUUUACGAAUAUAUUGGCGAAGUCAUCAACGAAGGGAAUUUUCGACGUCGGAUGAUCCAAUACGACAAAGAAGGGAUCAAGCAUUUCUAUUUUAUGUCUCUAAAUAAAGGCGAGUUUGUCGAUGCCACCAAAAAAGGCAACUUGGCUCGCUUCUGCAACCACUCGUGCAAUCCAAACUGCUAUGUCGAUAAAUGGGUAGUGGGCGAGAAACUUCGCAUGGGAAUCUUUGCUGAGCGACUCAUUCAACCCGGAGAGGAGCUGGUCUUCAACUACAACGUCGACAGAUAUGGAGCCGAUCCUCAACCGUGUUAUUGCGGCGAACCGAAUUGCACUGGCUUCAUAGGUGGCAAGACCCAGACGGAACGGGCAACCAAAUUAUCCAAUGCAACGAUAGAGGCGCUUGGUAUUGAGGAUUCAGAGGAUUGGGACAUGGCCGUAGCCAAGCGGCCGCGCAAGAAGAAGACGGAAGAGCCAGACGAGGAAUAUGUGGAGAGUGUGCAGCCCAAGUCGCUGGAUGAAACGGGCGUGACCAAGGUCAUGGCGGCGCUGAUGCAGUGCGCCGAGAAAUGGAUUGCUGUCAAAUUGGUUGGAAGAAUACAACGAUGCGAAGAUGAGCGGGCCCUGAAUCGAGUUGUGAAGAUGCACGGCUAUCGAAUACUGAAUUCGCAGCUUAGCCUGUGGAAGGGGGACAUCAACGUGGUGCUACAAAUCCUCGAAGUGCUGUCGAAACUACCCGCUCUCACGCGAAAUAAGAUUAUCGACUCUGACAUCGAAUCGACGGUCCAGCAAUUGAUCACGUCGGAAGACGAGCGAGUGGCAAAGCAGGCCUCGACGCUGCUCGAGGUCUGGUCCAACCUGGCUGUUGGAUACCGAAUCCCUCGUAUGAAACGCGACCCAACGGCAACCACAACGCCAGUGGUCAGUCAAUUUGAACGACGCGAAACAGCCCCGGGCGACCAACGCAACCGGUCCAAGUCUCGAACGCGGUCACGGUCACGCUCCAUCGAGCCUCCACGGGGCCCUGCGGCACAGACACGCGGUGGUGGCUUUAGCGCAGCUCGAAAUAUUCCUCCUCAUAAUCGGGCCCCCCGGUUUCCGCGAGCUCCUCCGCUUCCCCAAGGCUGGUCUGAGAGGUCGGAUGUCGAUGGCCGAACAAUGUAUUUCACGGCGAAUGGUCACUCUCAGUACGAACGGCCGACCCUGCCAGCUGCGGAUAUGCCAGCUGCAGGCUCGUUGAAAAGGAAGCAUUUUCGAGAGAUGAUUGAUAACAUUAUGGAAUCUCGCUCGUCGGAAACCCCCAGGGACAAGACAAGCACUCCAGGCACUCCACAACCGCCCAAGUCAGAGUCCAAGAAAGAAUCAUGGAGGUCGUAUUCGGAAGAAAAACAAAAGAAGAUUUACGAAAAUACGAUACAUCCCCACGUCAAAUAUGUGGUGGACAAAUUCAAGAAGAAAUUGCCCAAGGACGAUUUGAAGCGAUACGCGAAAGAGGUUGCAACAAAGUUGGUUGACUCGGAUUUCAAACACGGCCGAGUCGAGGACAUCACGCAGGUUUCGGACAAACAGCAGCAAAAGAUCAAGAAAUACUGCAAGGAGUAUUUUGAAAAGGCUGUGGCUAAACAGCGAGCGCAUGAAAAGAAAAAGGCCGACAAGAAACCGGGCGACAGCAAAUCCAAGGAUACAACACCACAAGCCCAAGCGGGUUCACCAGAUGAUGAGCCCAAUAACAUAAACAACAACAACAUCAACAAAGAGUCUGAGAGCGACCGCGACUUUGAUAUGGAUCAUGACGGCGGCGACUCAGAACAACAGGAGCCAGCGAUGACGAAACGAAAGAGAGACCCCGACACCGAGGUUGACAAGGGCAAUGCCUCGCCGAUGAAGCGGCCCAAAUCGUCGACGCCGUUGCUUGACCAACAGUCUCUUCCUCCUUCAGAAGUAGAAGACGAAGACGAAGAAGACGACGCAGAAAGACUAAACGAUGAGCAGCUGGCCCAUGCGGGCCUCGCAGCUUCUUCCCAUCAGACGUCGAAUCAUUUCUUCGUCAACAACCCAGCAGUGAAAUUUCACUUUCUAAACGUCAUUCUCGGAAACGCAGAAACAGUACUAUCGACCACUACGACAAUGGCGGUUCGCGCACAGUUUGAAAACUCGAAUGAGGUUGGUGUGUUUGCGACACUGACGAAUUCAUAUGCCGUCGUGGCUAUCGGCGGAUCCGAAAAUUUCUACAGUGUCUUUGAAGCCGAACUGCAAGACGUUAUCCCCAUUUGCCAUGCUUCAAUCGGCGGAACACGAAUCGUUGGACGACUGACAGCUGGAAACCGCAAGGGCCUCCUCGUGCCCACGUCAACUACAGAUCAAGAACUGCAACACCUGCGCAACGCGAUCCCAGAAGCCGUCAAGAUCCAACGGAUAGAAGAGCGGUUGUCGGCACUCGGAAACGUGAUUUGCUGCAACGACCAUGUCGCGCUGAUACACCCUGAUUUGGAGCGGGAGACUGAGGAAAUAAUCGCCGACGUCCUCGGCGUCGAAGUCUUCCGUCAAACUGUCGCCGACAAUGUCCUCACAGGCUCAUACAUGGCCCUCUCCAACCAAGGCGGAAUCGUGCAUCCCAAAACCUCUGUUCGCGAUCAAGACGAGCUAUCCUCGCUGCUGCAAGUACCUCUCGUCGCAGGCAGUGUGAACCGCGGAAGUCCCGUGGUCGGUGCAGGCAUGGUGGUGAAUGACUGGCUCGCUGUGACGGGUUUGGAUACCACAGCUACAGAACUUAGUGUUGUGGAGAGCGUGUUUCGGUUGGGUGAGAUGGGUGCUAAAGGGUUGGGUAUGGGCAAUGCUAAUAAGGAGAGUAUUGUGGAGAGCUUUUACUAG